AAAGUGACAACAUGGAUCCACGCUGCCGGGGAAGUCGGGAGCGACGAAGCCCGCUUCCAGCUGCAGCGGAGCCCUCAGCCUGACCGAACCCGCGGCCACGGGCGCGCGCACCGAGCGCUUUAACCGGCGACGACGUCGUGACUGGGUUUUUUAAGCCGGUCUUCUUUUUAUUGGGCCCCGUGAGCUCACCGGGCCGGACAGGUGCGCCGACAGGUUAAUUAAUGGCCACGUUUGGUUCUAGUGUCGCGUGUUCCUUUAGAAACUGGUGACAUCACAUUAGUUGACACGAUGGAGCACAAACACCGGGUGUCGUCUGAAAGUCUGUCGUCGUCCGGUUCUCAAACCUUGUCCGAGAGCGAGGAAAUAAAGUGCAUACUGGACAUUAAAGUCUCUGGAGGUGAUGGACGCGCGGAGGAGGAGGAGGAGACGGAGGACACGCAAGGUGAAGAAGACGAGAAGCUGGACAACAUCCUCUACCCUCCCUCCAUGUCCUUCAGGAAGUCCAGUAACCCAGAGCUGACGUUCGGAUUAAGCCCCGCGCUCAAACUGAAGCUGCAUCUCACCGAGGAUGGAAAACACGUCCGCAGACGGAGCCUGGGGGGAGGCCUCACAGGGAAAUACCUUCUGUUGCCCCCCAACCAGCUGACCCAGACAGGAUGGCAGCCGCCGUGUGAGGUCUCCAACCUGGUGCGGAUGCGUUCCCUGAAUCUGGGAAAGUCAGACCCCUCCCUCACCUCCAGCCUGAAGGAGCUGAGUCUACCUAGAAGAGGCAGUUUCCUCACUCCCCGAAGCUUGAGCCCCACUCCCACUAGCCCCUGCAGCCCGUGCAGCCCGCUGCACGCCUUCCAUUUCUGGAGCUGCAGAACGAGCAACAGGAAAAGCCUGAUCGGAAGCGGCCAGUCGUCGGGUUUGCCGCGGCCUCACUCGCCUCUCUCGUCUCUUACAGGAACGAGUCCACAAGACAGUCCUAGGAAUUUCUCUCCUAGUGCUUCUGCUCAUUUUUCUUUUGCACGAAGUCAUUGCCACAGAGCAGACAGGACCGAUGGACGCCGCUGGUCCCUGGCCUCUCUCCCCUCCUCUGGAUAUGGAACCAACACGCCGAGCUCCACCGUCUCUUCAUCCUGUUCAUCACAGGAGAAGCUGCACCAGCUGCCCUUCCAGCCCACGCCCGACGAGCUGCACUUCCUCUCCAAGCACUUCUGCACCGAGAGCAUCUCUGGGGACGAAUGCCGGCGGGCGGCGGCCAUGCGACCCCGCUCUCGCAGUCUCAGCCCCGGAAGAUCUCCCUCGUGUUACGACCAUGAGAUUAUUAUGAUGAAUCACGUCUACAAAGAGCGCUUUCCCAAGGCCACAGCUCAGAUGGAGGAGAAGAUUCAGGAGAUCGUCCGCAGCAACUCUCCUGAGAGCGUGCUCCCUUUGGCAGAUGGCGUGCUCGGCUUUGCCCACCACCAGAUAAUUGAACUGGCCCGCGACUGUCUGGAGAAGAGCCGACUCGGACUCAUCACCUCCAGCUACUUCUGCGAACUCACCGACAAGCUGGAGCGGCUUGUUCAGGAGUCCACAGAGAGGUCUGACAGCGAGGAGGUCAACUUUAUCAGAGAGCUGGUGAAGAAGAUCCUUAUCAUCAUCGCCCGACCAGCUCGGCUGCUUGAAUGUCUGGAGUUUGACCCGGAGGAGUUCUACCACCUUCUGGAGGCUGCUGAAGGACACGCUAAAGAGGGCCAGGGCAUCAAAACAGACAUCCCCCGUUACAUCAUCAGCCAGCUGGGACUCACGAGAGAUCCUCUGGAAGAAAUAGCUCAGCUGACCAGCUGCGACAGUGGCAUUGCAGAAACCCCAGAAACCGAUGACUCCUCUCAGAGCCUCAGCACGGCCCUGCGGUCCCGACGGAAACCCUGCGAAUUGGACUUUGAGAUGACAAAGCUCAUCAGCAAUGGUGCCUAUGGAGCUGUUUAUCUGGUUCGGCACAAGGAGACCAAGCAGCGGUUUGCCAUGAAGAAGAUCAACAAGCAGAACCUGAUGCUGCGGAACCAGAUCCAGCAGGCCUUCGUGGAGAGAGACAUCCUCACCUUCGCCGAGAACCCUUUCGUGGUGUCCAUGUACUGCUCCUUCGAGACGCGGCGGCACCUGUGCAUGGUGAUGGAGUACGUCGAAGGAGGAGACUGCGCCACCCUGUUGAAGAACAUGGGCCCUCUGCCUGUGGACAUGGCCAGGAUGUACUUCGCCGAGACGGUGCUGGCGCUGGAGUACCUCCACAACUAUGGCAUCGUCCACAGGGAUCUGAAGCCGGACAAUCUGUUGGUCACAUCCAUGGGACACAUCAAGCUGACAGACUUUGGUUUGUCCAAAGUCGGGCUGAUGAACAUGACCACCAACCUGUACGAGGGCCACAUAGAGAAAGAUGCCAGGGAGUUCUCCGACAAGCAGGUGUGUGGAACGCCGGAAUACAUCGCUCCAGAGGUGAUCCUGAGGCAGGGCUACGGGAAGCCGGUGGACUGGUGGGCCAUGGGCAUCAUCCUCUACGAGUUCCUGGUGGGCUGCGUGCCCUUCUUCGGAGACACACCGGAGGAGCUGUUCGGACAGGUCAUCAGCGAUGAGAUCAACUGGCCCGACGGAGAGGAUGCCCCGCCCCCUGACGCUCAGGAGCUCGUCGCCAUGCUGCUCAGACAGAACCCUCUGGAGAGGAUGGGUGCAGGUGGAGCAGCCGAAGUGAAGCAGCAUCCGUUCUUCCACAACCUGGACUGGAACGGCCUUUUGAGGCAGAAGGCGGAGUUUAUCCCUCAGCUGGAGUCUGAAGACGACACCAGCUACUUCGACACUCGCUCUGAGAGAUACCACCACCUGGAGACAGAGGAAGACGAUACGAACGACGAGGACUUCAACAUGGAGCUGCGGCAGUUCUCGUCCUGUUCCCAUAGAUUCUCCAAGGUUUACAGCAGCCUGGAUUUGUCGCGUGGGCACCUGGAGGAGAAAGGAGAGACGGAGGAGAAGAAGAGCGAGAGCCCACUGACUGUGGACUCUCUCAGCUGGACGCCGGACUUCGCUGAUGUGCCCUCGCUGUCCCAUUCGACGGACGCGGACGCUGUGAAUCAGGGGCCCUGUCCCGACCUGCUACCAAAGUUCGCCAUCUCGGCCGAGAGCGAAGGGGACGAGACGUCGGGCCUGGACAACCCCAGCAAGACGUCCUUCUCCAUCGGGGAGCUGGCGCAUGACGAGCCGGACGCCACCACCCCAGGCAGCACGCGCAGCGGAGCCACGCUCUCUGGAAGUUUCUCUGAACAUCUGGACCAGCUGACGCCCAGAGGCGAGGGGGUGCAGAGCCCUGACAGCAGCGGUCACACCCCUGCGGACCCGGGGGGUCCGAGCGCGUCCCUGCGACCCGGCGGCGCUGCCGAGAAGACCGGAGCUGGACCCAAGGUCCCAAAGUCUGUGUCCGCCGGUGCCCUUUCACUAACGAUCCCUGGGGAUAUCUUGGGGGCGUCUCCGCUGCCCAGCCCCCUGUCUCCCUACUCGCUCUCCUCGGACCCUUCCUCGCGAGACUCGUCUCCGAGCCGGGACUCCUCCCUUUGCGCCGCCAACCCGCGGCAGCCCGUGGUCAUCCACAGCUCCGGGAAGAAGUUUGGCUUCACACUGAGGGCGAUCCGGGUGUACGCGUGCGACGGGGACAUCUACACCGUCUACCAUAUGGUCUGGAAUGUUGAAGACGGGGGUCCUGCACAUAAAGCCGGACUGAAAGCUGGAGACCUCAUCACCCACGUCAACGGUGAACCGGUCCACGGCCUUGUCCACACCGAGGUGGUGGAGCUCUUGCUGAAGAGUGGUAGCAAAGUGUCCAUUUCCACGACUCCCUUUGAAAACACUUCAAUAAAAACCGGCCCAGCCAGGAGGAACAGCUACCGGAGCAAGAUGGUCCGAUGUGCCAAGAAGCCCAAGAAGGAGAAGACGCCAGAACGGCGUCGCUCCCUCUUCCGGCGCUUUGCCAUGCAGCCCUCUCCCCUUCUUCACACCAGCCGCAGCUUCUCGUCUCUCAACCACUCUCUGUCAUCCGGUGAGAGCCUCCCCGGUUCCCCUACCCACAGCCUCUCCCCUCGCUCCCCCACAGCCGCCUUCCGCCCCGCACCAGACUUCACCCAGUCAGGCGGCAACUCCUCCCAGAGUAGCUCUCCCAGCUCAAGCGCCCCAAACUCCCCUGCAGGCUCCGGCCACAUCCGUCCCAGCACCCUCCACGGGCUCGGCCCCAAGCUGCCGGGUCCGAGACUUCGUCAGGGCCGCCGCAAGUCCGCUGGCAGCAUUCCCCUCUCUCCGUUGGCGCGCACGCCUUCGCCCACCCCGCAGCCCACGUCUCCCCAGCGCUCGCCCUCGCCUCUCCUCAGCGGACAUUCUGUCGCCAUCUCCAAGGCUUCCCAAGGCUUCCCAGCCAAGAUUCAUUCCCCGCCCACCAUCGUGCGGCACAUCGUGCGGCCCAAAAGCGCCGAGCCGCCUCGCUCACCCCUCCUGAAGCGCGUGCAGUCCGAGGAGAAGCUUUCGUCCUCCUACACGGGAGACAAGAAGCACCUGUGUCCCAGAAAGCACAGCCUGGAGGUCACACAAGAGGAGGUGCAGGACGAGGAGCUGAGGGCCGGAGAGCGGGAUUACACCGUCCUGCAGAGUGUGGAAGAAACGUCUUGUGAGCCCCUGGCGAUCACCCGCGUCCGACCUGUGGAGCAGGGCUGCUUAAAGAGGCCCAUGAGUCGCAAGAUGGGCCGGCAGGAGUCGGUCGAGGAGCUCGACAAGGAGAAGCUGAAGUCCAAGGUGGUGGUGAAGAGGCAGGACUGGUCAGAGAGGAUGGAGUCUCUGCAGAAACAGGAUGCCCUGUGGGAAACGGACUCGUCCACCGCGUGUGGCGAUGACAGGGAUGAAAGUUUCCUGGUCAGAGGCCAGAACAAGGCCCAGACCAGUGCAGAACCCAGCUCUGUAGAGGCCAAGGCUGCUAGUACAACCCUUAAAGACGUGCUGUAUAAAAAACUCAGCACCCGUGCAACUGAAGGCAUCCCUGAUGCAUCUGGUAGCAGCAGUGAUUGUGACGGAGGCCUCAGAGCAGCACCCAUUCACCCGGACAGGCAGCACAGGCCGGCUAAAGACAACAUGAAGCCGGACAGACUGGACUUCAAAGCUCCCAGCAUAGAGUUCACCAGAAAGAGGCUGUCCUUCGAAGAAUGGGAAGACUGCGUGUGCCGGCUGCCACCCGGAAUCCACGAGAGCCUCCACUUUGGCUCCACCAGGUCCAAGAGCCUCCAGCUGGACACGGCCAUGACUCACGACCUCAUGAAGGUGGGGAUGGGGAGCGUUCACUCCAGCCCUGAAGGUCUGCCCCCGAAGCUUUUCUCCGCUCGAGGGGAGAGCGCUGUGGAAAAACUGCAGCUCAUCUCCUCCGCGGAGUCUCCGCUCCGAAAGACGUCCUCCGAGUACAAGCUGGAAGGGCGUCACGUCUCCUCCCUCAAACCUCUGGAGGGGACCUUGGAUAUCGGCCUCCUCUCUGGGCCCAGAGUCUCCAAAACAGAAACGUGCUUAUCCAGGGUGCCAGAGAACGCGAGCGACACUGUUCCUGUGACUCCUCCAGUUUGGCUCCAGAGCCCCAGUGAGAAACAGAUAACCAUCCCCCAGCUGAAAACCGCAGACAAACUGAAGGCCCCGAGUCCCGACGCUCUAAAUAGCACAGUUCUCCCAAAAGAUCACAUAAAUAAUUCCACCACAGAGGUGAAAUUAAAUCCAAGUGUUAAUAAAACACAGGAAAGACAAAGUGAGCCCAUGAAGGCCCCAGAAAGCAAAGUGGAGGCCUCAACCUUUACUGUUAGACAGGAGAGCAGAGCUGCAGUAAAGAGCAGUUCAUCCCUGGCCCACGAACACAGGGGCCCCCGACACAGCUCCCACUUCUCCACCUGUGGAAAAACACCUUCCAUACGGGAAGUGAGCAACGAAGACCAGGAGGACGAAGCGGAGCUGCAGGAAGUCCCAGCGCGCACUACAUCACAAAGCGCUGACAGCCCCGCGACGGGAGCCUCUUUGUCUUCAUCGAAGCUCGAGGUGGAAAAAGCGUCUCCGGCUGCAGCUGAAUCCUCACCUGCGUCACCGAGGCGGAGCGGAAACCCUGGCUUGGACCGCGGUCCGCUGCAGAGCAGUGAGAAGAACUCGAACACGGCCUGUGUGUCUGUGGGGAAUGUGCAGAACAGCUCUGCUUCUGCUUCUGCUUCUGCAUCUGCGCUCGCUCCAGAGAACAUCUGUCCCUCCGAUCCAGAGCCACGGCUUUCUGUCCCAACAGCAGCGUCUGGGAAAUCCUGCACUUUAACAGCAGGAGGCCGGAGCGGCGCUGCUGGGAAGCUCAUCGGCAACACAGGCGUCAACAGCCACGUGGCUGAAAAGGCAGCGCAGACGCCAUUAAAUGCGGCCACGGAGCCGAAAACGGAAAAAGAAGCAGCAUGUGCUAAAACAGAAGAGCCUGCGCCUGCUGCUGCAGUGGAGGGAGGUCCUGUGUCACCGCAGGCGGAGGAUAAAGGCAGGAAAGACAGUUCGGAGCAGAUGUCAAGUGUCAGAUGUUUGGCUGAAAAAGCACAACGCACGUUCUCCUCCACAGAUUAUCACACCUUUAAAAAGGAGGAAAUGGUGAAUGAGCAGGAGAAUCCAACUCCGGCAACGGAGCGCGUGGACGGAACCAAGAGCAAGUCACAACCCACCACAGCCGCCGCCGUGAAGUCAGAGAAGGAGACGAGAACACCUGAAGUCAGAUCCUGUCCAGCUGCUCCAGUCCCAGGGUUCACCAGCAGCGCGAAUGCAAAGCCGUCCAGAGAAUGUGCUCCAAACGUCCAGCCGUCCUGUGACACCAAACAGAAAGAAGCGGGUGUGAAGCCCACGCCUGGUCCCGCGCUGGUUGAUGCCAAGCCCAGAGAAACCCAGCUGAAAGCCUCUGUAGCGCCCACGACACUCGACCCGAAGCCCAAAUCUCCCCCUCCCAAAACCGCUCCCAAGACUUUAACAGCUCCGGCAGCAGCUGCGAAACACAGCGAAGCCAAGCACACGUCCCCCAAGAGUCAGGCCCUGGUCACUAAAGACCAUCACUCGAAGCCAAAGGACGCUGCUUCGCCUCAGAGAAAGGAGCCGGCUCCGCCGCCGGUGCUGCCGAAGCCGGCGCCGAGGAGCGAAACUUCCAGAACCGUGUCGGGCCCAGCACAGGACCCGACGCCCGACGGCCACAGGCGGCCCGACACCAGGCUCAGCUCCCCGGACAGGCAGGCGGCCGGCGGCCGGAAGGAGCCGGCGGAGAAGAAGAAGAAGGAGCCGGAGGAGGCGCGAGCGCCGAGUGCACAGAAAGGCUCCAAGAGAGACUCGCCCCGAGCUGCGGCUGCGGCUGCGGCUGCUGCUGCGGCGGCUGCGCACGCAGCCAGAGACGGCGGCAGAACCAAGCAGCCGAAGGAGGCGCCGCGCGGCUCCGGAGGCAAAAAGUAGAAGCGUCACGCAUUUACAUCAUCAUGCCUUUGUUUUUGAUUGAGGACCGGGCAAGCUGUUACGUGCUGAUGGAGAGGUGUGGGGGGGGUCAAACACAUGCGAGCGAAUCCAAGUCUGAAUGUAGGCGACCGUUGGAUCAGCGUUUAUGAUGUGAUCUUAAAUGAUUUUUUUAAACCGUCCGUCACAGAAUGCUUUGUGCAAUCAGUAAGUCAGAGGCAGCCAGUGCCAUAAACCACGAGUUGGCUUGAAGACUCGCCGGGUCCGACGUCGGGAGGCUCUUGUUUUAAAUGCAGUAGAACCACACGACGCGCCGGUUCCAGUGUAGUAGUAGUGUAGUUCCUGUUCGUUGCAGUCGUAUUCUGGACGCGUUGGGUUUCGCGGAGGGGAACGCACAAAACAAAGCGACUCCAGUCGUACGGUUUCAAAUCCUAAACUAGUGAAGGGGCCUUAGUAUUAUGGGAAAGAUGUGGUGUUUAUUCACAUUCCUCUGACAUUUGUACAUAUGUGUUUUUUUUGUUUUUUAUGCAAUAUGGUGUAAAUAUGCCACUGUAAAAACGGGAUACAUGGGCUUAAGUGAUUGUCGUUUGUACUACACUGUAUGUAUAGAUUUUGCAGUGUCGUUGGUUUGAGCGCUCGCUAUAACUGUGGUCUGAAGUAAGCUACUGUGAUGUAUCUCAUCGAACGUGUCUUCACAUAAUCCAGGAUUAACUUGAAGAGAAGGACUAAAGGCACGAAGGGAUGUAAAAAAAAUGUAGCAUUAAACAAAAACGACAAAACUGUGAGAGCCGUCUGCGUUUUCCCAGGAAUGUGUGUGAAGCCUCUGAUGCGUUGAUGGCGAUGACUGUGUUCGUCAGCGCCUUGAACCCUGCAGCGUCGGUGCGUCGGCCUGGUGAAGUCCUGAUUGUUUGCGUCACAUGGUUCACGCAUUGGAUGUUUAUGUACAGAUAUGUGGUACUGGACAUAUAUCAGCACUCACCACCUUCUGUCUACACCUUCACACCUCCAUAUGCGAUAGAACCCUGAACAGGAAGCAGGAAGUGAUGCAGUAUUUGCUCUGUUGUGGCUUCAUAAAACCAGUACUCCUGUCUACUGCAUAUACUUUAUGUUGCGUCAAACAGAAUAUAGUUUAAGUAAAACAAGGGGAUUUUAAUCUGAUGCGCGCCUCCGUUAGCUCAUACCUGUAUGUGUUAUUGUGACGGAACAAAUGCACCUUAACGUCCAAGUGAGGAAGAGGAAGGCUGGGGAUGAGGAAGGCUCCCCGCUGCUCCCGACUUUAAAUUGAACGCAUCACCAAAUUUUUCUUUUAACAAUAAACCUCCUUUGUUUUUCUGCUCUGAUGUUGCUUUUUUUUUCCCAAGUGACGUCUGCCCUUUGAACCCUCAAAGCACAUUUACUGUUUGUUUACAAAGCGUCAUGGAUGUAUAUUUUGUAUAUUGUUGAGUUGCCAAAUCUAUGUUCUGUGUCGCCGAUAAACUGGUUUAAAGUAGUGUGAGACUAUGAACACGUCUCCGUGCAGUAAUCGAUGUCUUUUCACGUCAGGUCCUUCUUUGUCUGUUUGGGUUUUUUCCCCCCAGUUUCUUUUUUCAUGUGAGCAAAACUAGUAUUAGAUGAACUUGCUUAUGAUGGUUUGUCUUUUAGAAUAUGUGCAAUAAACGUGUUUUGAGUUUUGUAUUUUGCCCAAGGAAAAGCUCUAUGGAUGUCAUAGAUGUUGUAUAUUAAAACAGAUAUUUAUACUUCUAAUGUUGCGUAAUACUGAAAAAUAAAAUGGAAUUAUAAAUGA